AUGUUUUGGGAUAAAUUCACUAUUACUACGCCGCAAAGCGAGGACUGUCUGUAUCUGAACGUUUUUGCCCCAGAGAUUAAGCCCGAUAAGGGCUAUCCUGUAAUGUUCUACAUUCAUGGUGGUGGUUUUUUGAUGGAUUCAGCGAUUCGGUAUACUCCAGAGAAAAUGGCACGGCUUUUGGUUAGACAUGGCGUCGUCGUGGUUACGAUCCAAUACCGCUUAGGUUUUCUCGGCUACUUCUGUACCGGCGACAAUGUCUCUAAAGGCAAUUACGGAUUAUGGGAUCAAUAUGAGGCUUUGAAAUGGACUAAGGAGAAUAUUCAUCAUUUUGGUGGUGAUCCUAAUCGGAUUACUGUAGCCGGUCAAAGUGCUGGAGCUGUUUCAGCCGACUUACUUUCGCUUUCCCCUCUUUCUCGAGACAUGUUCCAACGGAAGAUUGUGAUGGGUGGGAACACAUUUUGUUACUGGGCCAUGAGAAAGAAAGAGAAAUGCGUCGAGUAUUGUCGGCAGAAGGCAAUGCGGUUAGGUUGGAGGCCUAAAGAAGAAGGUUAUGAUAGUCAUGAAGAAGAAAGCGCCGAUAUGUUGGAAUUUAUGAGGACUGUGCCAGCUCAAAGCCUAGCCUCGCAUAUGAUCGGAAAUCGUGUAUUCUUUACGGAAGGUUGUCUCCCACUUACUCCCGUCAUCGACGGGGAAAUUCUUCCCAAAGAAAUUCCCCAACUUCGAGCGGAAGCCCCAGCUAUGGAGUCAAUUUGUGGUGUUGGAAAACAAGAAUCGCUACUUUUUUGUGCACUUGGUGCGAUUAGAGGCACCGGGAAGGAUAUGGACAAGGUAGUGCACCAAUUGGCCAAAAAGACAGAGCUAAACGUUGCCGAGGUGGAGAAUCUGAUUGGGCAUUUGUACGGAGAUUUAAAUUCACUGCGUAGGGAUCGGAAAGCAAUGCAGGACGCCUACGUUACGUGUACUUCCGACAUCUUCUCCAAUUAUGGCUGCUACCGAUACCUACAACAUAGCCAACAACACGACAAAUCCACCUACGCUUACUACUUCUCCUAUACGAGUAAACCUAUGUGGGGAUGGCUAAUGGCAACGUCUCCUAUCUUAACCGGUACCCAUAGCUCAGAUAUUAUAUACCUGUUUGACUGUAAUUACUAUUCAUCCCCCUUCCCAAUGAAUAAGACGGAUAAAAAGGUUUCCGAGAUGACUAGUACUGCCUUCAUGGAAUUUGUUAAAUCUGGAAAUCCAAAUAAACCUGAAGCUCCGUUCAAGUGGGAAGCGGUGCCAAAGAAUGGAGAAAUGAAAAUGCUAGACUUUUGCGAAAGGCCAACAAUGAUUGAUCAAGUCAGUUUUACUGCGUCGCUCUACAUCUCCUGA